AUGGAAUUUAGGGAUUGCAUUUCAGCUAAUAGACGACAUACUAGACUACGAAUCCACAUCAACAGCCGGCUCUGCAGAUCUAACACCUGGAAAACCCGGCGGUGCGGACCUCCAACUUGGCCUAGCCACGGACCAGCUCUCUAUGCUUGGGAAGAGUUCCAAGAGAUGGGAGAGCUUAUAAGGAAGAAGUUUGAGAGUCUUGGGGAUUUUGAGAUGGUAUGUUCGCUUCUCUGCAUUUUCCCUAAAACCAUUCGCCGAAGUGCCAAGGAGGUCCUUCAAGAGCUUCCGGAGAGCGUGGCCAAGACUGGGUUGGUAGCGUUGACGGAGAGGGUUGUUGGGCGGCGGUCGUGA